GGAAAAUUGGCUUCUCCAAUCAGCACAAUGCAUACCAAUUUUGAACACAUCAAACUAGUUGAGGAACCAGUUCGCGUCGUAGCUGAGCAAGAAAGAAAGUAUAAAAGCAAGGGUAAACGAAGAGAUAGGUCCCAUGUAACGGGCUUUGUUGAGCCCAGCUAUAUAUAGGGCCGGCAGGAUCGUACUUGGGCACAUACUGAUCUUCACUUGUUUGCAAAUAGUAGUAAACUCGUUCAAAAGAGGAUUACGAAAAGAUUCACAAUGCGUCUGAUAAUAACAAUGUCAGUUGCCAUGCUAUUGGCUGUAGCUGUUACAGAGGCCUUACCACCUCAAAAAUCUGCAUCAGGCGAUGGAGGCAAUCAGGAGAACGAGGUUAAAUCUCAAUCUAAAGACAGCACCGUUCAGAGCGAAAAUUCAGCAAGCAAAGAUGCGUCUGCCUGCGGGGAACAGACAGCAGACUACACAGGAGAAGUUAGUUGGGAGGUUACAGUCGACGCUAAAACGGCUAAAACGAUUCUGAAUGUAAUAAAGAAGGGAAAAGGAAACGCGGCUGGUGGCAAAGCAGCUGGAAAGAAAAACGUGGCGAUCACAUUCCAGACAAGUGUCGGCUACGACAAAAAGGAUCUGUUUGCUAUCUUUGACAAAGACCAGUCUGCCUGUUCUGCAAAGUCAGGCAGUGACGAUACAAAAGAAAGCGCAGCUACGGAUAGCGCCAAAGAAAACAGCCAAAACAGCGAUGCUGAUAGCGCCAGUGGAAGCAAAAGUGCUGAGAGUGGCGGCUCUCAAGACAGUGAUGACGACGGAAACACGGAGGCGAGCAAAAAGUGAUGAUAGAACGGAUAUAUCAACAACAUCAUCCUAACCCUGACGAAUUAGACAGUGGCUUGAAUUAAUCCAAUAACAAUUACUCCGUCAAUUACACGUUCUAUUUAAAUUUCCAACAACGUCCGGCUUCUUGUAACGCAAAUGAUAAAAUGGAUGAACGCUCAGACUUCGACCUUCAGAAAGAAAAAAGAAUUUUAACAUAAAAAGACUAAAGAUACUAUCAAUAGGUGUAUCAUUAUUAAACUUUAUUGGAUGUAUUUUGUUUAAAAGUUAAAACACCUAAAUAUAAUUCACUGUGUUUAUGUUUCUUUUUAUAUUACAUUUUUCUCCUGUUCUAUGUAAAUUCUGGAUUUAUUUUUAUUUUUGUUUUCUCUUUUUUUUUCUUUUGUUUGUUUUUUUUCACUCGUUCUGAUUUUAAACUUAUCAUGUACUAUAGUUAUCAGUUUUUAAUGCGACACUUCUUCAUUUGAAUAUAACAAUUCAUUGUAGACAGCCACAUGCUGGAAAUAUUUUUAAAAAGCAUUUUGUUUUAUUGAAAAUGUUUGAAUAUUGGCUAAACUUAACAUGGAAAAACUGUGCUACUUUUGGGCGUACAAAUCAAAAAGAGAAAAUACCCAGAGAUCCUUAUGACAAUAAUAAUAAAUAAGAGAAAGAAUAUUAUACAGCUUUAAACGAAAGUUCAUUCCAGUCUCAGUAUAAAUAGACAGUAAACAAAGUUAUGGCAAUUUGAACAUAAUCAUAUUCACCAUUUUUAAGUUUUAAUAUUUAUGCGUUCUAGUACGUACCAAGGUCUUACACGCGCCAAAAAAAAAAAAACAAAAAAAAAAACAAACAAACAAAA